GCCAGUCUGAGACAGGAACCGCUGCUGAGACUCUCCAGACAGUCAGGCAAGACGGAACAGUCGCUGCUUAAAAUCCAGCGGAUAAUGUUCAGGCGACAGUCGGAGUAAAGCAGCGGCUGAGCCUGAGAGCCUCGUGGACGAAUCUCGCACGGACUGGAGCUGUCAUUUUUUUUAACUUACCGGUCCUCCGAUCCAAAUCUCACCGGGAGUCGCUCGCUCUCGCUCCGUCUGACAGGUCGGCUAACCCCGUUAGCCUUUUUUCGGCUAACACCCAUCUGCUUGUUUCCACUGGGACUAUUUUUACUGUCAUCCUUGAGGUGAAAACAAUGCGCUGCUUAAUUUUGGGUGACUUUUUAUGCCCUGGGGAGGGUUUAGCACUCACUUUGCCAAACGACCUGUGAUAGCAGCGGAGCUAACAAGUUGACGUGGAGGAGGAACUCCUGAUCUCUUCCAGAUUGUUGCUGUGAUUUACACCGGAUUGUUCCCGUCUAUCCCGCUUGAGGUGUCUCGGUUGACCCCCUUCCCGACCCCCAUCAAACAAACCAUCGGGGCGACUAACCAGCCAGCCAGCGAGCUAUGUUUAUUUGCGGCCAGAAAGUAAUUUCCAGUGUUUACAAAUUCCACAGCGGGACUCUUUCCUGGUUCGAGAAUUGCAGCGGAAACAUUAGCUAACACAGACUAGCCCGGGUUAGUUUUCUGUAAUAGAUAGGUAGCUAGUUGAAUUGAGAACUCCUCAGAAACAGUGUCUCGUUGUAAAGCGGUCUGUCAAUAUCCGGAUUUUUGACUUUGCGGAAGCCCACGGUUUUUUUUUUUGGCUCUUUCUACGCACCUGGACAGAAGGAACUCCCUGCGCCUGAGUGAGAAGUCUCGUUGAGUUCUAUUGACCGAAGUCUAUUGUGAUAUAGCGGAUUGGUCGCGGUUUAAAAGGCAGAAAUGUCUGGUCAGUCGAUUACGGAUCGGAUCGCAGCAGCGCAGCACAGCAUGACGGGGUCUGCCAUCAGCAAAGCGGUCUGCAAGGCUACCACGCAUGAAGUCAGUGGACCCAAGAAGAAGCACCUGGACUAUUUGAUCCACUGCACUAAUGAGAUGAACGUGAAUAUUCCCCAGCUGGCGGAUACGCUGUUUGAGCGCACAGCCAACUCCAGCUGGGUGGUGGUCUUCAAAGCCCUUAUCACCACACACCACCUCAUGAUGUACGGCAAUGAGCGCUUCAUCCAGUACCUGGCCUCCAGAAACACACUGUUUAACCUAAACAACUUCCUGGACAAAGGAGCGCUUCAAGGUUACGACAUGUCAACCUUCAUCAGGAGAUACAGUCGUUACCUGAAUGAAAAGGCCAUGUCGUACAGACUGGUGGCCGUGGACUUCACCAAGAUGAAGAGGGGGGUUGACGGUGUAAUGCGAACGAUGAACACAGAGAAACUGAUCAAAACGCUGCCCAUCAUUCAGAACCAGCUGGAUGCUCUGCUGGAUUUCCAGGCGAACCCGAAUGAGCUGACCAAUGGGGUGAUCAACUCUGCCUUCAUGCUGCUCUUUAAAGACUCCAUCAGGCUCUUUGCUGCUUACAAUGAAGGGGUCAUCAACUUACUGGAGAAAUACUUUGACAUGAAGAAGAACCAGUGUAAAGACGCUCUGGACAUCUACAAGAAAUUUCUUUACAGGAUGACAAAGCUGUCAGAGUUCCUAAAAGUAGCAGAGCAAGUUGGAAUAGAUCAGGGUGACAUCCCCGAUCUCUCACAGGCCCCCAGCAGCCUCCUGGAGGCUCUGGAGCAACAUCUGGCAUCUCUGGAGGGAAAAAAGACCAAGGAGUUGAAUGCAGACACCAGAGCAUCCACACUGUCCAGCGCUGUCUCGUCUCUCUCCACGACUGGCAUGUCUUUCACUCGCAUGGAUGAGAAGGAGAAACAGCAGGCCCUAGAGGAGGAACAAGCCAGAUUACAGGCUCUGAAGGAUCAGAGGCUGAAGGAGAUUGGCAUGCAGACUCCACCCUCAGCCUCGCCGAGCAGCCUAUCAAUAGGCAGCGCUAACAACAACCACAUCACACAAACCCCGGAAAUGUUCAGCUCCACGAUGUCUGCCAAUAGCGUGCCGAACCUGAACAGUGACCUGUUUGAUCUUCAGCCGGCCUUCAUCCCUGCUGUGCAGAGCACUCCUUCCAUCUCCAACGCCAACAGUGCCUGGGGAGGAUUGGAGAGCCAGCCUGUGCAGCAGACCGCGCCGCCCAUGACCGUAGAUUUCGAUGCAGUGUUUGGAAAUAAAGCCACACCCAGUAACAACGGCCAUCAUCCUGCAGGUUUUGAUGCUCUGGGAGACCUGUUGAAGCCUACCGUUCCCACCCUCAGCGCUCCUCCUCCGCCUCCUCCUCAAAUGGCCAUCCACCCUGGAGGAAAGCUGCUCGCCAACGACCUCGACUCCUCUCUGGCCAACCUCGUGGGCAAUCUGCAGUUUGGUGGUACCCCAGCCAAAAAGCCAGAGAUGCAGUGGAGCCAGCCCGGUGAGAAGAAGCUGACCGGAGGGCAGAACUGGCAGAACAAGACCAUGUCCACCACUCAGUGGGGCCCAGCACCAAUGGCACCUCAACCAAUUCCUGUACAACACGUGAAUGGAAUGUUCUAUACUAGUUAUGCUCCUGCUCCCAUUGCUUUCCCCAUGACGACACCACAAGUGCCUAUGUUUGGAAUGGUUCCUCCCCCGAUGGGUCAGAUGGGCGGGGUACCCAUGAUGGCUCAUCAGCCAAUGAUGUACAACCAGCCUGUCCUCAGACCCACCAAUCCCUUCGCGCCAAUGCCUGGAGCCCAGAUGCAGUUUAUGUGAUCCAGCCUGGAUGGAUGCAGAGUGCCAAAAGCCACAAACAACAAAGAGCAGAAGAAAACCCACAUGAGGACGAUCAAAUGGACGGAGCGACGAUUUGAGCAAACGUGGAAGAGACGGACAAGAAAACCCACCAACACUAGAAACAAGUCAGAUAUAGACGAUGAGAGAAUGAUGCAAGCGGAGAACAGAGGGAUGAAGGGAGGUUUGAUCCAGUCUGAAACAACUGCUCGCUCGCGUGUGUGUGUGUGUGCUUGCUAUCUUUCUGUUUAAUUUGUAUUGAUGGAGCAGUGUGUGUGUGUGUGUUGGAAGAGAUGCUGUGGAGAGAUGAGUGGAUUGGAGGCAAAAAUUUGAGCUUAGCUUUAUUUCAUACUGGUGCUAUUUAGUCCCCCCUGGGUUGCUUUUGUCCGCCUGUAGUGGCAAAUUGGAACGCGGCACAAGGACGUGUGUGUGUGUGUGUGUGUGUGUGUGUGUGUGUGUGUGUGUGUGUGUGUGUGUGUGUGUGUGUGUGUGUGUGUGUGUGUGUGUGUGUGUGUGUGUGUGUGUGUGUGUGUGUGUGUGUGUGUGUGUGUGUGUGUGUGUGUGUGUGUGUGUGUGUGUGUUCUCGGCAUUAGUUGUUUCAGAUGGCAGAUCCAGCCUCCCCUCCCUCCCCCCAGUAUCUGAGUCCACAUCAGCCCCAUCAGAGAAGGAUUUGCUCGAAGAUCUCCUCCAGUGUGUUCCCCACAACUUUUCUCUCUGUUGGGAUUUUCUCUUUGUUUAUUUUCGUGUUUUUCUCCUGCAGUCUUUCCUGAAUGUCGACAGAAUAUGUACAGCUAUGUGCCGAAAACGCGUUUGUGGAUCGUUGUUUGAAGCUUGAAGUCUUUGUUACUCAUGCCGCCCUCAUUUCUCUAAUCAAAGCCGCAGAUACGCCGAGACACCAGGAUGAGAGCAACGUGCUCACAAGAUGCUGGCGAGUCCAACUUUGAUCCACAGACUGUUGAGAAAGCAGGAGGCUAGUGCCAGUAGUAGGAACUUACUUAGUGAAAAAGCUCUUUGAUGAGCAGUGUAGAGCACCAUAACAGGAUGAAAUUGAAAUCAACUUAAACCCCACAGUUGUGUUUGACACGUGCCACAUACAAGGCAACGCCUCCCUGAGAUCCAGUUUAGUUUUACAGGCGACUUUAUCCAACACGUUGGAUAGCGCUUCAAUGAUGUGAAGUUACAAAGUAGACAUUUGGUCUUGUUCAGAUUUUUCCUCAUUUUUGACUUCUCCACUCUAAUUAAAUUAUUGCUUUAAUAUUUAAUAUCUAUCAUGGCCAAACGUUGCACGUUGCCACAAGCUAAGGAGCUACUUGGUGGUGUUUCACAUGCAUAACAUUUUACAUUGCUUCAGGCUAUUUGAUAGCUUGACUACUGCACGCCACUAAAAAAGCAAAACAAAUGAUUUAUUCCAUUUGCAGAAAACUGUGAUGUAUAUACAUGACAGAACACAUUUUUUUUAGCUCCAUCAUUCAUUUUAAUUGAUAAUACUAACAUUUAUGUUACUCAUAUACAUGCAGUGUCAGCUAUUUCAUGUAGCCACUGAGCUAACCACUGUUGUAACAGCACUAUACUCCCCAGUGCUUGGAAAAUGAAGUACUUCCAGUGUUGCUUUUUUCCUCCCAAAAGGCGUCAAAAUCCUGGCGUUCAGCAAAAUAUUUCCGGUUGGCUGCUAAAUUGCAGAAUCAGUUUCAUAUAUUAGCUAGUAAAUGAUUGUCUAGGCUAGCUAGCACUUUCAAAUUCGUCAUGAAACGUCAGCUCAGCGUUCACGAUUCUGUCGUGCUAUCUCAUCACAAUGCUACAUGCUAAACAUGUAGUUCUUAGUUGACUCCACAGUGACUCCACGACGUGUCAUGUUAGCCCCGCGCUGUCCUCUGGUGACUCGUGUGUCUGUUUCUUUGUGUCUCAUUCACCUAUCAGACACGGUAGCUUUUCCACUAACACUUCCUCCAAGAGCGGCUCCGAACUGAGCGUCAGUGAGCGUCGGCGGUGGCGGCAGCACUGAGCGGAGUUUCUGAAUCCAAUUGAUUUAAAAUUGCACUGAAUCAGCAGCAAGUGGCUUUAUGUUUGAAUGUCUGCGCGCGAGCCAAACAACGACGCCAAACCUUUGGCCUCAAUUCUGCCAGUGGUGUUUCCAGGAAUAAUCCCAGAUGUUGUCUGGUGAAACAGUGGUCCUUCAGCCAAAGUGUCCCUCACCCGCCUGGAUGUUGACCGUGGGUGUGUUUUGCUCAUGAUGCAUUUGUCAUGUGUGUGUGUGUUGGGGGGGGGGGGGGCAUUCACCGUUUCCAUUGAGGGCUAUUUCUGAGGGUCACAUGACAUCACUUUGAGCCAGUGAGUUUGACACAACAGGCGCUUGUUGUUUGAUUUUCGUAGAGUCAGAUUUUGUUGCGAAAUGCACAUGCAAGAAGUUUGCACUGAUCGGACUAUCCUGCCAUCCUAGGGCUGCUGCCAGCUUUUUUCCUGGCGUUAAAGUUUGAAAAUAAGACUAGACGUUUGUAGAUAUUUCGGGGGUUUUACUAUAACAAGUUGUGUAAAUGGACCAGCCACUUUGGCUGACAACUACAACUUAUUUUCUAUCAUUCGGAGACUUUUUUUAACCCGGCAUCUCCAUCGCAGCCGUCAGUGGGUGGUCCAUCGCUCCGGCGUCCCAUGUCCAUGCAACCUUGAGAAUCUUGCGUCAUUCGUGCAGUUUCGUCUCAGUGGUCUCUCUCUCUCUCUCUAGAAUGCUUCUUAGCCUGCUCCGUCGAUGUUCGAUAAGUGUAGAUAUGUACAAAUAGUUGAAAUAGCUAGUACUCGUCUCAAGUGUUUGCCCAAGCCAGCCACUGUUCCCGUGAGUGUCGCUCUCCUGGUCACCGUCCUGUGUUAGCUGUAGAGCCAUCGUAUCCCCUCCGUAGAGCCCAGCUGUUGUUUUCCUGCCUCACCGUCUCCUCGGCCAGUGUUUCCUAGCUGUUUCCCUGCUUGGUGUCUCCGUCCACUCUAGCUGUAGCAGAACCCCAUCGGAGGCUUUGUGGUUCUCACUCUCUUCUAGAUUUUAGUGCGCACCUCCUUCUGGCUGCUAUCUUCAAACUUCUUUUUGUCUCUGAAAGAUGUCAGCAGGUGAAAAGCAGCUUUUUUUGUGUGUGUGUGUGUGCGUGUGUGCGUGUGAGAGAGACAGAAUUCAGCUCAACCUCUGGUUUGGAACUAAACUCUUCUGUACAUAGUAACUUCCCAGUGGCAGCCGGCAAGGCACUGUCCUGGGAUACUUCAGGUUUUGGUCUUGAACCAUAAGACUCGCCAGUUAUGUGUUUUGUUGUGUUUGGGUUUGUCCUGUACGUGCAGGUAGGAAGUUACUCACCCCCCCCCCCUAAAUUCCAAGGUCCCUUUCUGUUCAACCUUGAAGCUCUUUUGCUAAUGGACGUCUGUGCAUUGGCACCUUAAUGACUUCUAAUCACGAGUCCUUUAUUUUUGCUGACAGUUGCCGUGCUGUCUGGAACCUGCUGCGAUAAAUCCAGAAAGUUCUGGUGGCGCCGGUCCAAAAUCCAGUCAUUAUCAUUUUCCCCAAAGAAAGGUGAAUACAUAUCAGCUCACGCCGCAUAUCACAGCUUUCUGGCCCGGAAUACUAAAGAGUCAGCUCCAGCUCGGUUUCUUUAUUGUUGUUGUUGUUGUUGUUGAACUCCCGGCACCGUAACCGCUCUGUUCCCUCUUUGACACGUGUUACACUUUGUUUGUGACGUGCUGGGAGAAGCCCAGUCCGGGUCACUCGGCACAGCCUUCCUGUCGAGAUGUGUCGGACGUUGGUGGCGUCGCCUCUCUCUGCAUCGUUGUAGCAUGAAUCUGGGUGGGCAGAAGUCCACGGGUGUGAAUCUGGCUGUCGUGCAGAUGACCUGCCCAGUCCUUCUGGAGUGCAUGGUUGUUUUCUCUUUUUCUAGAAAAAGCAUGACGUUGGCUGUGAUGAAGAUGGUGAUGAUUAUGACGAUGAAAAAUUUCUCUCUUGUUGUCCGUUGUUGAACUUCGGGUCAGUCGCCCUGGAUCGGCUGACUUCUAUCAGUUUAUGAGCAAGUCACUGUAGCGUGUCGGACCUUACCCAAAGAUGUUGCAGCACAAGUCCUGAUGGAACCCCAUCUCCUCCGUUCUCCGCUGAUGUGGCGCCAUCUACAGGCCACUCUGCCUACCACAGGUGUAGCAAGGGACAGCGAAGGUUGCAGCCACAGCGCUGACACAAAAGAGGCAGUUGAGCUUAGGUGUUUCCGUCGGUGUGGUGAAUCUCCAUCUCCUGUGCACGUUUGUUUUUGGGUUUCCUUACAUCUGUGUUGUCGGAAAGAAACCUCGGACUGCUGCCUCACUCUUCUGUACAUAGAGAAUACACAGAGCUCAGCUGCAUAAUCUCAUAAUCUGCAACAACAUAUUUUCUUUCCAGAACAUGAAAGAUAUUAGCAUUAUUAUUAGAUAUAUUACUGCUCAGCGGGGGCCGGGCCAAACAGACGGAUGACACCGAUUUGGAGUCUGGAGUUCCCAACCAUGCCAAAUGUUUCCAAGAGCAGAAGACACCUUCUGCAUCUCUCUCCUUUCUGUCCCCUCCCCCGGCUCUUUGUACAUGUUUUCUAUUUAUUUAAAGCAGACCUAUACGGAUUGUAUCCAGCAUGGAGCGGCCAACUAUUGUUACCGGCGACAAAAGUCACAGGCUUUUAUUUUACAGCAGUAUAUUUGUUUAUUCUUGGGAUUGUUUUCUCUCUCUUUUUGGAAGAAAUAAAGUCAUUUUCCAUUCCUA